AUGCAGACUACUCGUUUCCCUCACCAGAGUCCUACAUCAGCUACAUCAGAAAGCGGCUCAGUUCAGAAUCAAAGCCCUGUCACUGCGGCAAUCGCACCACUCACCUCCCAGAAUCUCAGCACCCUCACUCGCAAGCGCUCUCUCUCACCAGACUCAACCUCACCACCUUCCGAAGCAGACUCUGAAGCUGAGUCUGAGAACGACUCCCAACACUCUCGAGCAGCAAGCCGGCACUCAUUCUUGAGCGACUCCUCCAGCAUGCCGGACGCUUCAACAGUACUAAAGAUGCGCAAUCUCCUAGACAUGAAUCAGAUGUACAUCGACAAACCUGUCGCGAGAGAACUUGGGAAAGCUGUCAUCGAUAAAGCUUUGAAGAUUCUCAAUGGCAAACGGGGCUCGGACUGGUCUGGCCCAAAGGCCGAACAAGUACAAGAAGUCAUCCAAUACCAUAAAAAUGAAAAUGAGGCCACCUUUCUCCACGAAGUUUUCCACAAGCUAUUAGGCCUCGAACGAAAAGUGCCCGUGGACGACACAACGGGCACGCGCAAUUACAUUGACCGCGCCUGGCACAAAGAUUUCCUCCGCCCUAAAUGGGAUAACCAAUUCGUAGGGGACGAUGUACCACGGCUCAAAAUCCCAGAGGAAAAUCAAGACAUGUGGAAAGCCGUCAUUGCGGCAUUCCCGCGCAUCUCAAACCCGAAGCCCGAUAUCUCCUAUUCCGUUGAUAUGUCUGCUUACGACAUGGAUUUGGAUCUUAAAAAAAUUCUCGGAUAUGUCCGCUGUCAAUUAGGUGGCGACAAUGCUUGCUAUACCUUUCUUGCGGGCGAGUGCAAGUGCAUUAAUUCCUCUCCCCAAGAAGCUGAGAAUCAGUGUAUUAGCGAUGGCGCUACAAUGUGUGAGCACGACCGCCGAUGUCGCCGCGCAUUCACUACUCAACCCAACGACGAGAUCCCAACCGUUGAUAAGCCAACACCUGAUGAGAAAUCAUUUGUGUUUACCAUGGUUGUUGUGCCUGAAUCAGCCACAAUUUAUGUGAACUGGAUCUUGGUUCAUCCACCGUCCACAGACACAUAUCAUAUGCAUAAGCUCCGCGUAUACUCCUUCGAUGAUCCAGGCCACGUCGCCGCGCUUCACCACGAUCUCGACAAUAUUCUGGACUGGGGCCUUAAGGUCCGGAAGCAGGAGAUGGACAAACUCGCCAUGGCGAGACUUAAGACUGGGGUUGUCCCCUUUGCGCCGUCGCCAGGGCCGCCCCCGGCCAAGAAGGUGAAGACGACACAGACUCCAGCCUGA